AGGUGAUCAUUGGCGCCGAGAUUAACACGAGGAAAACAAGCGAGCGAGUAAAUACUCCCUAUUGUGCGCCUUCGAUCGUUUUUGGUUCUGACUGAUAAAAAACAGAGUGGUUUAACAUUUCUUCGAUGAAUUCCAAAUCAAACACAAAAAUCGAAAGUCCCUUCCUUACAAGGCAGGAUUAAUAUGAGCUGAAUGGCGUCCUAUAAAUACCAUGGAUACCGCGACAAUGACGCCCCCAGUGUCUCUAGGAAUGGGACGCCACAUCGAGUGUCCCACGCCAUCCACGACUUGUCUCAGGAGGAGGGGCAGGAAUUCCAGGAGUUCAGGAGAAGCAUGGGUUCUGGUUUUACUGACAGGAUCGUCGGGAGCUUCACAAAGCAGAUGGUAAAGCUAGCUGUUGAACAACUGAAACCAGAGUUUGAAAGGAUGGCCCUAGAGGCUGCUGGCAAGGCGCUCGAAAACAAGAUGGUUACCAUCAAAGAGAUGCAGAAUGAGCUAAACCGUAAAGAGCAAGAGCUGAAGAGGCUACAACUGGAGAAGAAACUUCUGCAGGCUAAGUUUGAAAAGGAGAAAAUUAAUCGUGAUUUGGCUGCAAUUGUCGAUAACAAGGAAAAGGAAAUUAGGAAACUAGAGGCCGAUAUUGGAGGUUUGCGAGGUAGGCUAAGGAAGAAAGCUGAGGAAUUGAAAAAAGAGAAAGACCGCGCAACGGAAGAGGAAUCAAGGCGCGUAGAGAUAGAAACCAAAUUCCAGACGGAAAUUGAAAAGCUGAAAAAAGAACUGGACCGAGUAAAAGGUCAACUGGGACAAAUACGGUCCGCCAAAAAUGUCGGGGACGAGGAAACCCGGAAGCUGCGCGAUCGGGAGCGCGAAUUGUUGCAGGAACUGGAGGAUAUAAAGAAACAACAGUCUCUGCGUUUUCUCCGGAAAAAAAUGGGAAAUUAACAAAUUUUGUUUUGUAAAAUGGACUAAAGAAUCUAAGUUUGUUUUACCUGUGAGUAAAUCACGCGGACCAAUGUUGGAAUUCCGUGAAAUGUUAUGUUUUCGGAAGUCGGCUUGUUAUGACGAUGCUAAACACCUACAUUCCCUUUCCGGCUAAAUAGACAUUGCAACUAAAACGGUGUGUUGUAUUGUUAGCGUGUAAUGACUUUGCUUAUACCAUUGUCAAAUCUAUCUAUAUUGUAUGUCCACUUGUCAACAUAUACAGCAUAUUAUCAGGUACAUUGUAAAUACUACGACCAAAAGGAAAUGUAUGAUUACUCCUUCCCAACAGAAAUGCGGAGAGAUAAAUAAUUCAGAAAUAGAUUUUAAAAAUCCACGCACGUUAUUGUAGAAUAAUAAUAUGGCAAGGUGAUUAAGAUAAAUUUAAUCAUAACAGUAAGGAUUAGAAGAUCAUAAAACAUUUCAUUCUACAAUAAAUUCACCAUAUACAUGUAUAUAAUUUCAAUCUAAUUAACAUACUCAGUAAUAAAGCUUUCUGAUUGGUUUAUAAGCUAGCUGCUCAAAGGUUUACACUUUGAUAAACUUUGCUUACAUCUGUCUCUGGUGGGAUCUACGACUAAACACCAACAAAACAACAACCAGAGUCGUCAAAUUAAGCAAACGUCAACUAAUGUGACGAUAAUGGAAGUUAGUUCAGAAUUUUACUUUCAAUUUAAUUAAAAUUACAAAAUCGCACAAGUUUUGCCUAUUUGGAAUUUUUGAUCUUACCAACAAGCAUCAUGCUAUUUUAAUACAGAUCUUCAGAUAAUGUCCAAUGUAGCUAUUUUUCCCUCUAUUUCGGUCAAAUAUCAAGUUCAUGCCAUGUGUUUACUGUUUAUAUGACGUAAAUGUUGUUUAUUACAUAAAUUAUAUAUUAUAAUAUGCUUAUGUUAAUGUUUGCUUAUUAAAUUUCACAAACGUUUCA